CUUCAGGUGAAUGAGAGGGAAGCAGAGGAGCGGGACACGGUUCAGUGUGCGUAACGUUGAAAAGAAACAACCAGAGGAAAAUGACUUGUGUUACGUCGCUUGGGGCGCAUGCUUUUAUGACAACAUAUCUACUCUUCGUGAUGGGAUGCGUUGCACAGAAAGUAUACUUUGACUGUGGUGCCAAGGUGGAUGUGGUGGAUGUCCAAGGUCUUAUUCUGUCUCCUGGCUUCCCCUACAACUACUCCUCUGGGACACACUGUGUUUGGCAGUUCUUUGUGCCUGUUGAUUACCAGCUGAUUCUGGAGAUAUUUGACUUUGACGUCUUUGAAAGCCAUGACUCAGCUGCCCAGUUCGCCGCCAUCUCUAAUUUUGAGGAGGAAGAGGCGGACGAAGAGGUGACUUUCACUCCUGGAGGCUUAGUGUCCGAUGAAGCUUCAUCAGAAGUUAAAGAUACCACAAUUCUGAGUGCAGGUGAUGUCACGAAGAAUCAGCAGUCCUCCAAGGAUGGCGAGGUCAAGCAAGUAGUGGUCCAGGAACAGUCCACAAAAAUGGAGCUUGCCGAAGUCUCGAAUUCUGCCAAAAGAUCUGCAGAAGCCUCCUCUGGCCUGUCGUCACCACCUCCUCCCUCUCUUCACCUCCUGCUUGGGGCUGUGCCUGAUGGAGAUAAAGCUGUAAACUCUGCUUCCUUGUCUCACCUCAUGGGAGACCUCAGCCCCAGUUCUAAUCCAAGCCCAGUAAUGGAGGAGACAACCUUUGCCCCUCCACCUUCUACCGAAACUCCAGCUGUGAGCCCCGAAACCCAACACUCGAUGCUUGACACCUGCCCCCACGAUGUCCUUUACAUCUCGGACCUCAUCACCUUCUCCUCCAGGUUCUGCGGCUCCAACCGGCCUCCGAGCAGCCAGCUGGUUUUUGGCUCCAACCAGGAGAUGGUGGAGGUGAUCAUGGAGUUAAUCACCACCACCCACUGGGGUCGUGGCUUUGCACUUCUCUUCCAUUACCACAACCUGACUGAGCCAGGGGGGGACCGUCGAGCCACCGCUCUAGCAACCAGUAAAGUAGACUCUCUGCUGGCUGCUGUGAGUGGAGCUGCCUUCUUCGCUUUGAUACUUACAAGUGCCCUCUGCAUCAUUUUCAGACCCAAACUGUGUCCGAAAAGAGCAAGCUCCUGUGCAUCCAGCAACUCUGAGGUGCCAGAGGGGGUCCAAAGCAUCAGGGCGGAGGUCAGCGAGCUGCAGCUGAUUGCCGAGAAUCAGACCAACCUGGAGGCAACGACAGAGCAAGGCAAAAACAAUGGCAGCCUGCCACACACAGUCAGUGCUGGCAGGGACAUUUCCCACAAUGAAGAGGUGGACCUGUCCUGCAGCGGUUUGACGGAACUCGACCUUGGAGCAGACGAGGUUUUCAUUGUAUCUUCAGCCCCUAGCCCGAGCAGGCUACCCUUCUCACCUCACACACAGCGGGAGAGGUUUCUGCGGCACAGUGACACAGGUCCAGGCCCCGCAGGUGACUGGCCCUCACUAGACUCCAAUGCCUCACCAAAUGGCUCCAGGUCUGCCAAGGACAGCAGCAGCGGCUGUUCCAGACCCAGAGCUUGGAGCGUACGUACCUUCCAGGACUUCCUCCCUCCUCUGCCGCAGCUGCAUAAGAAGUGGUGCAGCUGGAACUCCACCAGUCCCUUCACCAAGCUAGUGGACAGCACUCCAUCCAGUUUGGUCACUGACUGCAGGGAGGGCGAGAGCAGGAAGGUCUUCUCUGACAUUCACCUGGAGGCCAAUGCAGACAACAGCAUCACAUCCGACUCUUCCAUCAGCAACGCCUCCUACCCCCUCACACAGCCUGCUCAGAGGCAGCGGCGUCUUAACUCCGCAAGCAAUCUGCGGCGCUCCCGCUUCACAGGGCACUGCUUUGGCCUGCUCUCUGGGACGGCAGACCCGACGAAGGCUCCCUGUCUCACUCUUGCGCCUGGCUCCCCCUCAGACUCCAGCCCUGGCUCUCCGUCCUCCACCCAGGGUCAGAUCGAGAGUGGCCAGGCCGGGAAGAGGUUCCCAGGAGAGGCUGAUCACAUCAGUGUGCCAGUGUUCGCCAUCUCUGAGGAGGAGGACCGGCAGCCUCUGGUCUCAGCCGAGCACCUGGAUCAGACCUCUCUCUCCACCGUGCUGAACGGAGCGAUAAGGGGGAUAUAUGAAAAGAAGAGGCCUCUCGAUGCAAGCAGCAGCCUCAGCCCCCAGAGCCAGAGGGCCAGACCCGAGUGGAGGCCAUGGGGGAGCCAGGUGACAGGAGGGGUGGGGCCGCUCCCAUCCAUCGAGUCAAACAAAGUCAACCAGCCGUCUCUCAGUCAGUCCUCAGUGCUGUGCAGUGUGACCAAUCACAUGUGACCACACAGUCUUCAAGUUUGUGAAAAGAGCAGAGACUCUGGUGGGCCAGUUAUACAUUUCUGAACUCUUAGUGCCACUCUGUAAAAUAUAUAACAUUUACUUUCUGUACUAUUACAAAAUGAUUACUUCAUCAAGUGUAGCCUCAGCUGCUGCUGGCAAAUCUAUUCUUCUCACUCUAGCUGUUUUGUAUUUUUAUAUGAUUUUCUUUGGACAAAUAUUGGAAUAAUAUGCUGCUUACCAUGCCAAGGCUGCGACUGCUGUGGUUAGUGUUUGUUAAAAAAAUAAAAUAAAAAAAAAUGAUUGCAAAAUGCUAAGAAAAAAGUAUUAUCGAAGCAAUUAUCCAUAACCCGGAACUCUUAGGAGCACUUUAGAAAAACUAGAUUUAUUCAGCCAGUUAUAACACUCAAACAUUGCACUUUGCUUUCAAUAGCUCAUUCAUUGUGGAUUUUGUGCUGCUAGUGCCAGAUUCCUGUUUUUUUUCUGAUGUUUAUUUCUUAGUGCUGGAUAAUGAAUGCUUCUACAAUGACUUAUUACCCAAAAGUGUUCUGCAGAGCAUCGACUGUGUUACGACAUGUGGAUGCAGUAUGUUCUCCUGAAGCUCAUCCUGGAUUAUAAAAGGGAAAUUAAAUAAAGUUAAUGCAAAUAGAGUUUCUACUAUACGAUAUUAUGUAGUAUAAGAAGAGAGAACUAGAAACCACAAUAGUAUUUAAAAUGAAUAAUGAAUCUAUGUAAAGUUUUAAUAAAGGCUAUUUCAUUCA